UUGGAACCUGUCAAAACACACAGAGAAUCACACAAAACGAUUGGAUGUCUAACGAGUGACAGAAAAAGUUAACGAGUUACAGUUGAACCAAAAAUACAUCGUAUUAAAGUAGCUACAAUUAUGGCGCAAGAGUUGUUAUCUUCAAAUAUUGAUGGGUUGUUUGAGAAAAUGACUCUUGAGGAGAUUCAGCAGGUCUUAAGAAAGAUGAGACUUGAAGUAGAGAAAAAAAGAGAAGACCUUCGGGUCACUGUCGGGAGUCGCUAUCGAGAUUUGAUUGAGGCUGCUGACACUAUCACAGAAAUGAAGAAAACGUCAGAGGAAGUGUCAGAACAUCUUCAUACUAUGGAAGACAAGUUAGGCUCACUGAAACAUAGACAACUACUUGGUUUCCAGACAGAUGUCUAUUCAACAGAGAAACAAAAGGAAAUUUUGGAAGCCAAAAAAGAAUGUAGAAUACUGGCAGCUCAGAUAAGACUUUUAAUGGAGUUACCUGAAAUCAUAUGGAAGCAAAUAGAAGCUGGAAAUAUCUGCCCGGCAGCACAGAUUCAGCAGCUUGGAUAUCAUCUUCACACUGGUCUGAGUGUAGAAAGUGGAGUGUGUGGAAGUGCAGCAAAUGUUCAAAAAUGGUUUCCUGUAAUCAACCAACAAAAAGUUUCAUUAGCUUCCUUUAAUGAAAUAAUCAUUAAAGAAUCCACUAAUCAUCUAACAGAGAUCCAGCUCACACUAGAGAUGGCCGUUGACAGCUGUUGUGCUUUGAUACUCUUUCGCGGAAGUAGUUCCAACCAAAUGCUUUCUGACUUUCUAAAAUUUCGUUCGGAAGCUGUUAGUCGCAUAGUUUCACAAAGUGGCAUCAAACAACAACUGCAGAGCUUCCUUCAAUUCAUUAUAUCAUCCUUUGCCACCCUUCAUGCACUUUUUGUCGAGGGCUUUCCAGAAUCAAGCUUGCCACAAGGUUUGUUGUCCGAAAAACUCAAAGCCACCUGCCAAUCCCCUGCCCCUCCUACUGUGCAGUUGCUUUCGCUUACUCCCGGAUUUCUUCGACAGUUGCCACCUAUCAUAACGGAAUUUCGGCCAUCAACGAAAGAAGUUUGGACACCGUUGCCCAUCAGUCAAAUUCGUAAUGAAUUCCAAAACUGGUUCCAAACUAUUCGUGACUUGGUUCCUAAAGAGCUAAAUCAAAUGCUCAGCUGUGUUUCCAACAUAAAAACUUUAGCCAGCCUUCGAGAUUUAGCUUUCACUACACUCCAGGCUGAACCCUUUGCCAACAAGUGGAGUGAACUGUCGCAAAGAUUGUUAGGCUCUGAUGUAAAACUUUGGGAAGAACUGUUUGAACCAGCAUUCGUUGAAAAAGUAGGAGCAAUUAUUCAAGGGAAACUGGAUCAUGCUCUGGAUACUGUCAAACAAUCAAUCGAGCAAAAUUACGUUAAAUUUGACUUAAAGACUUGGUUAUGGACAGAAUCACCAAAUGACUUGCCCCAAUCGACUACGGCCCCACAACAUUCGAGUGGUGUGUACAUGAAGACGCGAUGUUACAUGCCUACUGUCCAGCAAUUAUGCAGUCUGUGGGAUCAAAAAUUAGCACUUCUGCGAGAAGACUUGGCAUACUACCAAGAUGGAAAAACUGAAGAAGGAGAAUUAUUUAUACCUUUCGAUAAGUUCGAUAAACAUGCACAAAUCAACGAGGCCCUGGAAAAGCGCUGUGUACAGAGCGUUCGCAAAUUUAUCUCCUUUUUCAACAUAAAAGACGACAACCGAAUUAUUUUUGCCAUGAAAGUUGUUGUGGGCCUGAGUGACCUUUGUCCCCAGCUAAAACUCUGCGUCGACACCCAACAGGGUGGAGAAGGAAAGUCGUGGAAUUCCCUCGUCGAUUUUUUACGUUGCUCGUCACUGGAUCUUUUUAAUCUUUGGAAUGCAGACUUACUCGCAACAAUGGGAAAAAACCUGGAGGCUCAGCUACGGAUGAAUACGAUUGCCGAUACUUUGAAAUCGACACCGUUGUGGGAUGAAAUCACCAUUCAAGAGGAAGCUGAAAGCGGCAGUGCAGUACAGUCUCAGAUCAGAGUCCCAAUGAAUCCGAGUUUCCCGCUUCAGCAGAGUCUCUUCAAAGUCUGCCAAGAGAUCAAUCACAUUGGACCUCACGCCAUUCCGAAAAAGGCCCAGCUAUUUCUUAUGGAGGACACAGCUAGCUCCGUCUUGAAAUGUUAUGAAAAUUAUAUCACUGGUCAUUCGACAGCACUAUCACAAGCAGUUGCGCUUCAGUUGCUAUUCGACGUUCGAUUCGUCGGGGCAUUGCUCCUAGCAAGAGACAAUAGGCCUAUGCAGGAGAAAGCUCGUAGUUUGUGUGAAUCUCUAGAGGGGCGUGUGGAUCCAUUUGAUCUCGAUGUCUUUAAUCCACACAUUCAAAACCAUGUGAAACGAGCUGUCCAACGUUUACAGUUUGUAUAUGGUCCGCUACUGACCUCAGAUCGACACGCCAUCCUGUGGGCUGCUCGCCUAGCCAACCCAGUUGGAAGUAAGAAGCCAGAAACACCUUCUGUAGUAGGCCUAGUUUCUUCGACUCCACGUUUCCUUCCUUUGCCACUGGUUAACCAACGGCCAUCUAGCAUUGAUACCAAUAGCAGCACUAAUAAGUUAGCAGAGUCCUCAUCCAAAGUAGACACAGCAUCAAUCAAUCAGAAAAAAUCUAAUCGAAACAAGGCUGAUACAACCGCUGCUAACGCCGCAAGCACAGCGCGAUCAAGUGCUGCUGCCUUUUUCGGUGCUAUGAGUUCUACCUGGGGUUCCAGUAUUUUCGGCGGUGACAAGUGAUUCAUUACUCCAUAUGUUGUUAAUUCGAGAAAAAAUUAUAAUUUGUUCAAAAUGUAAUGAUUAUACUUGUGUUGAUGAAACACGUGAUUUUACCUGUUAA